AUGGUCGCGUUCGCUUGCUUUGUUCAGACCGCGCGCUGCUUUGUCCACGCGAAUUUCCUUAUAAGCAUGCCCAAUUGCGAGAUGCCUGUCGCCGUCGUCGAGACUGCCGUCGUACGGGGAAGUAAUUUCUGGGUCGUCGGCCUCAGGUCGCUCUACUUUGCGAUCAGUUUGCUACUUUGGAUCUUCGGCCCCAUACCGAUGUUCGUCGCAUCUCUGAUCACUGUGCUCCUGCUGCAGUAUCUCGACAGGAAUUCUGAACCGUAUCCCGAGUACAAAUCGCGGACAAAGCACGUCGAGACAGUUGCAGAUCGUGCGGAGGAUCGCAGCCCGAACGGGGCAUCGAUUGGUCCGCGACGCUGA